AUGGUGAUCCUAGAAUACCCCUAAUUGAGGAUUAGAGGCUAAAACUAGUUAGGGAGUGAAACAUGGUACAGGUGGGAAAAACAUUGGAUUUGAAGUCCUUGAUUGUGGAGUCUCUGAGUUUGAAUCCUUUAUCCCUCAUCUUGGACUUUUUGGACAUUGGACACUGCACUGAAUUGUUUCUUUUCCAGGCUUAAUUAUUAUGCCCUUCAUGCACUCUGUGAUCUAGCCAAAAUGACUUUCAUGCCAUUUCUUGUACUUGGCAUUCUAUCACCUGCCUCCAACUUUGCACAGGAUGCCCUUUUUAUCUGAAAUGCAUUCCUUCAUUACCUUUAUCUCCUGGGAUCUUUAGCUUUCUUCAGAGUUCUUGGCUCAUAUGGGACUCCUGUGGGAAUUCUGUACUGAUCUUUCCCUAGACUCUCCUUCCUCAGAUCAUUUGUAUAUAUGAACUUAUGUUUACAUAUUUUAUUUUUCCUCUUCCCAGUAGAAUAUGAGUUCCUAGAGGUCAGUUUUUGUUCUCUUUUUUGCCUUUGCUUCCCCUGCACAUGGUACAGAGCCUUAUACGUGAAAGAUUUUAAUAAAUUUUGGUUGGAUUGGAUUGGGAGAUUGCCAAGUCUGGGAACAGCAAGAAGAUGCUUUUUGUAUUGUAAUGGACUGAUGGAUCAUCUAUAUUUCUGUGAUGAGGGUAGCAACAAAGCAUGGUACAAGAAGGCUGGCCGCUUCAGAGGAACAUUGGAUGCCUUUUUGAAAAUUAUUCGAAAUGAGGGCAUAAAAUCCUUAUGGAGUGGUCUUCCCCCUACACUAGUGAUGGCAGUUCCUGCUACAGUUAUAUAUUUUACUUGUUAUGACCAACUAUCUUUAUUUAUGAAGUCUAAAGUAGAAAAUGAAGCCUUCAUACCAAUUUUUGCUGGAAUUGUGGCAAGAUGUGCAGUAACUGUAAUAAGUCCCUUAGAGUUGAUUAGAACCAAAAUGCAAUCCAAGGCAUUGUCUUAUAAGGAAUUACAUCUGUUUGUCAGACGGAAAUUGUCACAUGAUGGUUGGAUUUCACUCUGGAGAGGUUGGAGUUCUACAGUUAUGAGAGAUGUACCUUUCUCAGCAAUGUAUUGGUAUAACUUUGAAGUGUUUAAGAAGUGGCUUUGCAAAAACUCUGACAAACAUGAGCCAACUUUUGUGAUUAAUUUUGCUGCAGGGGCAGUGUCUGGUUCUAUUGCAUCUAUUGUGACUUUACCAUUUGAUGUUGUAAAAACACAAAAACAAACCAGACUUUGGAGAUAUGAAGAUGUAGAUCUACACAACCUACCCACAUCAACAUGGGACAUCAUGAAGCAGAUUGUUUCUAAACAUGGAAUUUCUGGAUUAUUUGCAGGACUAAUUCCCCGGUUAAUUAAAGUUGCUCCUGCUUGUGCCAUUAUGGUCAGUACAUAUGAAUUUGGGAAGGCUUUUUUCCACCAGCAAAACCUCAAACAGGAAUACCAUACUUCUGACUGUAUGGACUUGAAAUAAUUAUCAUGGUCAUAGUAUUAGCUGGAAGAUUUUCAGAAAUGUGUAAACUGAAGGUCUAUUUUUAAAUAUCUUUUUUUUAUUUAAAGAAGUAUUAAUUCUACAAUUCUAAUUAUAAUUUAAUAACAAGUUUUCUAUUUUAUCCUGUCUUUGGAAAAGUUUAAGAAAAUUCUUCCUUAGGUAUCCAUAACCCUUGUGAGAAUAUUAGAAAGGAAAAGAGAGAAGCUUGACAAGACAGCAAGAAUUUUUUAUUGAAUUCUAAAUUUUCUUUUGUUACCUGUUGUCUCCUUUGAGUCUUUCAACUGUACCUAAACCGUGAUAGGAGUGAAGUAUUUAAAAAGAAAAGACUAAUAAGUCUUUUGUGCAAAUCUUAAUCAUGUACACAAGUAUUUAUUUUUUAUUGAAAUGGAAAUGAAAGACAAUUAUCAAAUAACGUCACACCAGCACUUGCCAAAUAUUGCCAGUGCGUUUUUAUUUUUAAUUCUGAUAUUCCUUAGUUUUUUGUUUGUUUGGGGCCCCUGUACAUAGUAGGAUUUCUUCUGACAAACCAUAAUUGUUUUAUCUUUAUAUCCAGAAGUAAUCCUUUUUUUGCCACUAUAAGCAAAAGUUACACAUCUUUUGCUGUGUUCUGCCAAUUUUGAAGAAUAUGGAUCUUGGAAACUUUGUCCUCAUUUCAAAUUGUGGUUCAUCCUAACUGGGGGGAGCAGCAGAGAGUGUAUUGCUUUAGAAAACUACUACUCUGUAUUUGGGUCAGAUAAGUUGAGCACUUGAAAAGGCAGCCUGGUUUGUGAUAUGAAUAAGAUAAUUGCUAAGAACUAUGUAGAGUACUUUAGGUCCUACUGCUAUUGAGGUAGAAAUAAAAAAGGAAGUUUUUCAUUACUUUCCGAUGCUUCUAUUUAUAUACAUUCACUUUAGCAUUUGAGGACUACACUAUAUUUAAAUGAGUAAGAUUUGGCACAGCGCAUUCCUGUGCUUUUUAUUUUGUGAUUAAUAGGUAUCAUUGUUAUUUUCAUUGUUUUCCCAGCUCAGUUUUGUAGGCUUGUUCUAAUAUGUUAGCGAUUAUCACAUCAUCAGUGGCUAAAUAUUUUCAUGUUGCUUCCAGAUUUCACAUAUUACUACAUUUCACAUUAGUCUGCUGACCAUGAAAAUAAGCAAUAAUCAAGGGUAGUGGCAUUUUAUUUUAAAGAAACUUUUCUUGUUAUAGGCCAAUAGUGUGUGACUAAGUGUCAGAAUGAAAUGAAGGAAGAGGUAAUGACAAAAUCGGAAAUAGCAUAAAUUUUAAAAAUUACUCUUUGAUCUUUUUUUCCCCUCAGAAUAAUUUAUAUACUAUGAGACAAGCAUUUUAUUGUGGUCUAAAUAUUUUUCAUGAAAAUGUGAAAAAUUUCAGAAUGGAAUAGUUGAAGAAGAUGGGUAUUUAAAUAUUAUCUGGUAAGAGUUAGAGAAUUAACACAAUUAUACUAAACUAAGAAAGUUCACGUAUUUUGCUAAACAAAUAAUUUUAUAUCUCAAGUUUUGAAUGUAACUAUGUGUAUUUUAUUUCAUCCUAUGUUGAUUUGUCUUACAUUUGGA